UAUGGACCCAGCCAUCUGUUAACCCUGUGUGUGCUCCCAUUCUCACAGCAUUUCUGGUUCAAAGACCAGGGAGCUCCCAGCAACAGAGGGGAGGGGCAUGAUCCAACAGUGAGGUCACAGAGCCCAGCAGUGCCCUCUAGCAAGAGAACCCCAAGACCCAGAAUGAAUUUUGACCAGAAGGCUGUGAAAUUCCUGGCAAAUUUUUACAUCAAUGGAGGCAAACACUGGACCCGGGGGCCCCUGAGUCAGCAACCUCUUCAUCCCACGCAGCCGGAGGCUGCUGUUCUAUGGUGGGACCAGGAGCUUGAGGCAGCCUGUGAUGAGAUGUGGCCCCCAAAGGCAAAGAGGGCCCCAAGUGGCUUCAGAAUGGGUGUUCCCAAAGAGUCCGCAGCUUUCUGCACAGGGACCCUGAAGGAGCUGUUUCUGGAACGACGCCCUCCGAUCCUGACUGACCUGGAUGUCCCUGGUCCCACCGCGUAUGAGGUGCCCAGUGCGUCUCUGCGGGAGUCCUCUCCACAUCCCCAUUACAGCAUAGGCUGCAAGUACUCUGGCCGAGAGGGUGGUGGCCGCAGGGCAUGGCAGACCUUGUGGUUCCAAAGUGAAAGUCCCUUCUUGCAGAAGACCGACUUCAACCAAGAGAGAAAGUGGCCAUCACCCGCCGAGUACAGGCCUCUGAGCCAGCCUGCCUUCCCGGCCUUCAGCUUUGGACGCCGACACCGCUCCGUUGUCAAGAUACCAGAGAGUCAUUUACGUCCAGGGAUGCUUCGAGCUCGAGGUCCUUCUACCUAUGUUCCACUCAUGACUGCCUCACGGUCCUCUGGCGAGAAACGACCCAGCCCUAACACCUAUAACAUCCUUCCUGGGUUCCGUAUGCAGAGCACACGUUCACCCGCCUUUUCCAUGAGUCGCUCCCCAGCGUUUGCCUCCUGGGUCAGCUCCUCCCGAACCCCAGGUCCGGCAGCAUACUACGUGGAAGACUGCUACAAUUCACGUUUCCCGUCUCAGCCUGGAGUAGUCAUCCAAGGAGUGCGCAGACCCAAGCGGCACGACACAGGCCCCUUCUGCACACUGUAGGCCCAUCGGGUAUAGAUUGCAAAGCUGACCUACCUCCCUUGAGGUUUUCCUAGGCUUCCUCUGGAAUUCUGUCCGCAGCCUGUUCUUCUGAUCUCUUCUGGCUUACACUGUGUAACAAAAAGAGUCUUCCCAGAGUUCCCCUCCCCCCACUAUACUGAGAUGCAAAUGAUUCUUCUGAAUUGUGAUCUCUGGUGUGCCCGGUUGCCCAUCCUUUGCCCAAUGGGCUGUUUUGAAUAUGUGGCUUCCUGCGUAUUUCUGGUUUUCCUGAUAAUUCUGGCUUUCUCUGCUCCUGCACAGUGCUCUUUACUUCAGGAUUGAAAUGGCAGCCUGGGAACUAACCCUAAGUGUCCUUACCUGGGAUAGAAUAGAAAAAGGAUCCUGUGACAAUGUGGGACCACCUGAUCUGGAUAUGUCACCGAAGGUCUAGUGUCUUCCUGAGGGUCAGGCUGCACGCGGAGCUGAGGAACUAGUUGGUGGGUUAGGGUGGUAGGUCAGAACCUGGACCUUUGCCAUCUUCACACAGGUGUAGCCUUGCCUAGCCCACUGAGCAGGACCAAGGGAAUCAGCUCACCAGACACUGGCCCUAUUUCCCUGGACCUUGAUGUGAAGAUUCAGCUGGCCUUUGUAACCUGUGUUCUGAGAACCUAAGCCCAGAGCCUUCAGCCCUUGCCCCACAGUGGCUGAGUGUUGGUUUCCUCAGCACUGCUGAGCUGUUUUCCUACUUGGAAGGAGCCCCCCUGCCACACCCCCGUAGGAACCUCACCUUCCAGCUAGUGACAGCAGUUUCUCCAGGGCCCUCUCCAUACUUUCUCACACAGACCUCGCUUAAAGACUUGACAUUUUUUACUUUA